AUGGGAAUGGCUGAGAAAUCCUUGGAAGGUGUCUUGGACUUGGGAAUUUUCACAAAUAAAAGAGUAUGCAUUGAUGAAGUUCUUCCACAGAAUGCUGAUUUUCUUGUUAUUGGUCUUUCAAGUAUCUUAGGACUUUCUAUAUUCACAUUCAGGGAAACGGUAGAUCAUUACAGAAAGAUUGCGAAUAUCCAAGAUAAACAACUUGUUGUGAAGUCGAUAUAUGAUGGAGGCUACACAGAGUCUGAUAUCAUAGAUGAUGUGUGGAGUGCAACAAAUAUAUAUGGAUAUAGAACAGAUGGGAGGUUUCAAGUGUAUAGGUCUAGUACCUGUAAGAAGUCUGACUGGUAUGAAUAUGACAUAAUAGUCAGAGUUCUACCAUUAAGUAGUGGAGUGUCUGCAGAUGUUGAUGGGACAAUUCUUAUAUUUGAUAGGGAAAGAAAGUAUGCUGAACUUAGAUACAAGAUCUUAAGAGGUAAAAUAGUAUAUUCUGUUCGAUGA